UGCCGGAGCUGCGCCCGCCCCGCUUUGUGCCGGCAGGACGGCAGGACGGCCGAAAGCCAUGGAAGAGUUAAUAGUUGAGCUGCGCCUGUUUCUUGAACUUCUGGACCAUGAAUAUCUAACUUCCACUGUCAGGGAGAAGAAGGCAGUGAUAACUAACAUUCUCCUGAGGAUACAGUCAUCAAAAGGUUUUGAAAUAAAAGAACAUGUACAGAAGCAGGAAAUUGCCAACAGUUUGCCGGCACCUCCUCAAAUGCCUUUACCAGAAAUACCUCAGCAGUGGCUGCCACCAGAUAAUGGGCCUCCACCAUUACCAACAUCUUCCCUCCCCGAAGGCUAUUAUGAAGAGGCAGUGCCACUUAGUCCUGGGAAAGCUCCUGAGUACAUCACUUCCAAUUAUGACUCUGAUGCUAUGAGCAGCUCUUACGAAUCCUAUGAUGAGGAGGAGGAGGAUGGAAAGGGGAAGAAAAUGAGACAUCAGUGGCCUUCUGAGGAGGCCUCUAUGGAUCUUGUGAAGGAUGCCAAAAUCUGUGCCUUCCUCCUCAGAAAGAAACGAUUUGGGCAAUGGACCAAACUGCUGUGUGUUAUCAAAGAAAACAAGCUAUUGUGUUACAAAAGUUCCAAGGACCAACAGCCACAGAUGGAGCUGCUCCUGAAUGACUGCAGUAUCACAUACAUUCCCAAAGACAGCAAAAAGAAGAAGCAUGAGCUGAAAAUCUCACACCAAGGAGCAGAUGCCUUGGUUCUGGCAGUGCAGAGCAAAGAGCAGGCCGAGCAGUGGCUGAAGGUUAUAAAAGAUGUGUGCAGCAACUGUAUGGGAGCAGUAGACUCUGAUGGGCCAUUGUCCAGUUCUCCAGUGCAUAAGACAGAGCUGGAAAAGAAGUUGUCAUCUGAGAGGCCAAGCUCAGAUGGGGAGGGUGCUGUGGAAAAUGGAAUCACUACUGUGUGCAAUGGGAAAGAACAAGUGAAGAGAAAAAAAAGUUCAAAAUCAGAGGCCAAGGGCACUGUGACUAAAGUAACAGGGAAAAAAAUAACGAAGAUCAUUGGUUUAGGAAAGAAAAAGCCAUCAACAGAUGAACAGACCUCAUCAGCUGAAGAAGAUGUUCCAACAUGUGGAUAUCUCAACGUGCUCUCAAACAACCGUUGGCGUGAGCGCUGGUGCAGAGUGAAAGAUAAUAAACUGAUUUUCCACAAGGACAGAACAGAUCUGAAGACGCAUAUAGUGUCUAUCCCUCUCCGUGGCUGUGAAGUCAUCCCGGGACUGGAUUCAAAGCAUCCUCUGACCUUCCGCCUGCUGCGAAAUGGGCAGGAGGUUGCUGUGCUCGAGGCAUCCUCCUCUGAAGAUAUGGGCAGAUGGAUAGGAAUUCUGCUGGCAGAAACGGGAUCUUCAACAGACCCUGGAGCUUUGCACUAUGACUACAUCGAUGUGGACAUGACGGCAAGUGUCAUCCAGGCUGCCAAACAGACAUUCUGUUUUAUGAAUAGACGAGUUAUAUCUACAAAUCCCUAUCGAGGAAGCACUGCCAAUGGCUACGCCUGUCCGAGUGGAAUGGCACUUCAUUAUGAUGAUGUUCCCUGCAUAAAUGGAUCGUGGGAACCAGAAGAUGGCUUUCCUUCUUCUCGUAGCAGGAACAUGGGAGAAGAAAUGCUUUAUGAUAAUGCAGGCCUGUACGAUAACUUGCCAUCUCCGAAAAUCUUUGCGCGCUAUCCGCCAGCUGACAGAAAACCCAAUAGGUUAUCUACUGACAAACUCUCCUCUAACCAUUACAAAUAUCCUGUCUCAUCCAAUCUGUCUUCUGCUCAGUCUGUCACUAAUACCUCUGCUGUGGGGAGGGGAUCUGGCUCACAGUUGAAAGGCAAGAAGUCUCCUGCAACUGCUAAUGGGAUUACCGGAAAAGGGAGAACUUUAAGUAGCCAGCCGAAGAAAUCUGAAUCAGUGUCGUGUGUGAAGCGCACUGCAUCCAAUGCAGAGCAGUACAAAUAUGGCAAGAAUCGUGUGGAGGCAGAUGCAAAGAGGUUACAAAGCAAGGAGGAGGAGCUGCUAAAGAGGAAAGAAGCACUCCGGAAUAGACUGGCCCAGCUCCGAAAAGAAAGAAAAGAUCUACGUGCUGCCAUUGAAGUCAAUGCUGGAAGGAAGACACAAGUGAUUCUUGAAGAUAAGUUAAAGAAGUUGGAAGAGGAGUGUAAGCAGAAGGAGGCUGAGCGUGUAAACCUGGAGCUAGAACUGACUGAGGUGAAGGAGAGCCUUAAGAAAGCCCUGGCUGGCGGCAUCACUCUGGGCUUGGCUAUUGAGCCCAAGUCAGGAACAUCAAGCCCACAGUCUCCAAUUUUCAAGCACCGAACUUUGGAAAACUCUCCGAUCUCCAGUUGUGAUACCAGUGAUACUGAAUGCUCAAUACCUGUGAACAGCGCAGCAGCUCUGAAGCGACCUCCCUCAUCAAAUAAUUCUCCGUGUCGAGGCCAUGUCCUUCGAAAAGCAAAGGAAUGGGAGAUGAAAAAUGGAACAUAAAUACAGCAAAACCACUCACUUUCUGUGAAGGCCUUACCUAUUAGGGACUGAAAUAUAGGCUGCAAAAGACUCAUCUGAAAGGUGGUAUCAAGCGAUACAACAUAAGAGGUUUUAUAAUUCUGUUAAGUUAAUGGUAGCUUGGCGCUAAUUUGACUGUAUUCCCUCUACUGUAUUGCUGUGUAACUACGUGUGCCCCUUUUUAUUAGCUGUAACUCUUUAUUUCCAACAUCACUGGUAAAGAAAAUGAAAACCAAAACCAACAAACCAACCAUAGUAAGUAAAAAGGAGCAUAAAGUUGCAGUUGAAAGUUUACUUUGCUGAAACAGCACAGACCAGCAAUGUUAAUUAUCUCACAUCAGGUGUCCUGAACACAACUGAAAACUGGUACAUUCAGACCGAUGUGAAAUCAUUACAGAUAAGCAGUACUCUUUCAGGUCAAAACUGACUUUGUGAGGACUGCAACAGAAGUAGCUGAGUGAAGUCUUGCUCGUUAGCAGUUGCUUUGCUGUUAGCUGUUCACGUGGCAAAAGAAAACUGAAGAAAUGUAUUCACAGAAAUGCCACGGCUUGCUCGACCAGGAAGGCAGGAGCUCUUCAGUGCCACUAUCUUCUGCGCUGGUGUGAGACCAUGGGGUGACACAACUCAGCUGUGAAGCAUUUUUUGGAUACUUUUUAGACAGAUGCUUUUGUCAUUGGGAGAUAAAAAGCUGCCAUUCUUUGAAAAAAAUGCAUUUUAGUAUGUUCUCUUUAUUACUGUUGCAAAGCACCAGUUGUUUUCAAAUGUCAUGUUGUCGAAAUAUGAUUUGUUCCUGAUUUUUUUUAAAAGGAAAACAGGUAUUUUUAGAUACUGCUUCUUUUCUAUACUUUUUGUAAAAGAAAGUGUAAUUGAAAUUAAUCCUUAACAGAUAAUGGCAACUCAGAAUAGCUUAUGCAGUCAGUCUUGUUUUGUUUUUUAUAAUGUAGUAUUGUUAAACUUGAGUUAUAGAACACUGCUGUACUUAGUUUCCUUUGUCUUUUCAGACCUAUUAUUUUGAGGAAGACGGACUGAAAAGAUUAUAAUUUCCAGACUCUUAUAAACAAUUUUAACAAAGAAUUGGGGAUUUUCUCAGACAGGAGUCCAUUUCUGUUUAAUAGGAAAGAGUGUCUUGCAUUUUAGUCUGUAAAAUAUAGAAAUCUGUUCUUCUUUAUCUCCAUCCAUGUCAAUCCUGAGAACUUAUAUGCGGUGAAUUGCCAACUAAAGUCCUUCAAAAUAUCAAGAUUAGCUUUAAAAAAUCAGGAGGGGGGGAAUAUAAUGAGUUGGCUUCUUUUAAUUUUUCCUCUGUGGUUUUUUUAAGCCUUUGGAGAGCCUUCAAUCACAUUCUCAAGAUUUUUUUUCCUCCUCAACUGUGAGAACAAGAAAGUUAUUUUAAUUUAAAAAAUUCAAGUACUACUCAUAUUUUGAGAUAAUCACAGAUGAUAGGGCUGGAGUCUUUGUAAUUAGUUAAGACUUGCAAUUAAAACCACAGAAGUUGGCAAGGCAGCAGUUAUCACGGAUGACAUCCCUUUAUGGCCCAGCCUAUAAAUUCUCUCUUACUUUUAGGAAUAGGUGUGUGUAACUCCUGAGAGGUACACUGGGAUUCUCAGCUGAGCUGGAUGCCAGAGGACUUCCUGCAGGAGCUGGUAGGAUUGGAAGGCACAGAGCUAUCAGAAAGACCUGGUAGCUGAUAGGACACGGCAGUUAGUGCCAGGGAUCCCCAUUGGUCUCAGCAGAGUAGAAAUGGGGCCCAAAAAGGCUCUUCGUUUCUUGGGACUAUGCUUUGUGCAAAGGAAUGCAAAUACAGUAGGGAAGCAAGUGUCAGUGUGGUUUUCAGUGAAAAUAGGAUUUUUUUUUUAAUAUUAUUUUAAGUCAUCUGCUUACUUACUAACUCUAUAAGUGGAGGGCACGUUCUAUGCUGUAUGACUAUGGACUAAACAGUAUCAAGUUCCCGUAAAUAUUAGCAGAAACAAAUUUGAAGCAAAAGUAAGUUCAUUUAGGCUUUUUAUUUCAAAUUAAGUUAUUUAUUUGUAUAUUUCAAUAAGUAUUUAAUUUAUAUCUGUACAUAUUUAUGAUGGAAAUUAGGCUUAUAGUCAAUGUUUGCAAUGAUGUAUCGACUACCAUUAAGAAGUGGUCCCACAUCAAGUAACGCAGAGUAGUCAAAAGCCAAAUCACUUGUCUUGUUUACCCAAUAUUGGCAUUUUCAAACCCUAUAUCCCAUGGGAAAAGAAAAAUCCUUGAAAGGACUUGUUUUAAUCCAUGCCUGAGACAGAAGUGUGCAAAUUUCUGUCCAAGCAAACAGAAACUCCAGCUCCAGUGCCACAACCUCGUGCUCUGCCAUAGAUUCCAGUUGCCGGCGGCACCUAUAGCCCGCUUGGCACCUAUAGCACCCAUUGCAGCAGGGGUUGCUGGCAAAACGAAGCAUCUUUAGCCCUUCCUCAAGCAAAGGUUCCAUAAAGCCACCACUGCCCGUGAUCUGGCGUGUACUGUAAUUGUAUGUCUCUAAUGUAUAAGUAGAUUGGUACCACUGCACUUUGCAUUAGUGACAUGUCCAUUCUGUAUAAUGGCCAAGGUUUUGAAAGGAGGAAAACAAAAAUCCUUGGGAAAUAAUCUCUCUAUAGACCAGAUCUGGUGCUGUGAAAUUUCUGUUUUCUUGAAUAGUAUGAUAUGAUUGCUGUACAAUUUGUUGUAGAAGCGGCAGAGCUUUUAUUUUCACCGUUUUCAGAUUUCACCAUCAGCAGGCAAAGUCAGCAAUAAAGCAGCAUGACUUUUGGUUUAAAGGAAAAACUCUUGCAUUUUAAAUCAUUUCUCUGUCUAUGAAGAAAAUGUUACACUUGUGCUUCCUCAGCAAACUCAGUUACUGUACCAGGUGCUUUUCUCUAAUUUUUUUUUAAUGGGUGAUGCUUUUUUUUAAAAAAAAAAAAAAAAGUCAUACCUCUUGGGGAUAAAAGGUGGUUUUUUAAAUGAAUUUAUUGUGGCAAUUUGAUUUUUUAAAUGGAUAGUACCUAAUUUAGUAGCAAUUUUUGUUAAAGACACUUUGAAAUUAAUUGGCCCAGGCUGUAUGUUGUAAGAUAAUGUUCUCAUAUUAAGAAUGUAAUUAUUUCCUUAUUGUAUUUUUUAAAAAACAAAAUCAUAUUUAAAAAAUCUCUGUGAAAAAAGCAUGAAAGAAACAUGAAAAAAAGGUUUUGUUUUAUUUUUGUUAUUGGAUAUGUUGGCAGUGCCCGUUAUAAGUGACUGUAAAUAUAGUCUUUCUACUGUAUUUCUGUAUUUAAUUUUUUUGGCACACAUUCAUGGAAACUUCUUUUUAAAAAAAGUCCAAAAUAGACCUAUCUUCAAAUGUGUGUCUUAGUAGCUUCAACUAACUUUAUGCGUUUCUAGUUUAUUCUUCAGAAAGUCUUGCAGAGUGUGAAAAAAAGACUGGCACCUGGUAGGUGUGACAGAUCCAAACCCAUUAUUAAUAAAGUUACCUGUCAAAAAAAAAAAGAAGUAUU